CACCGUUCCCGCGCUUCCUCUGCUGCGCCGUGAGCUUCACCUCCAGGCAGGAUCCUCUUCCCCGUGGUCUGCGUACUCGUUUCGAGUGCACCGUGUGCUUUUUUAGGCCAAACAACACUGUCUUACGGAAGCAGGCAACACUGCAACCACUGUCUACCCCACCACCCUCUUCUCCACCACCCUUCUCGACCUCCCAAGUCGUCCCAUUGUCUACAUAGAAUAUGUCAUCGGAAUUGUUGAGCAUUCUCUUCUCGUUCCAACCCGACGAUGUAGAAUUACAACAGAAACGUGAAUAUGAUAACCAGGCCAGAAAUUUCGUCUCCACGCUGUCGAACAUAUCUCCGCAACAUUUCUUGAAAGGAGCCGAUACAGCACAGGAUGUACUAGAGUUGCUCAACCCCGAGGUGAACUCCAUCGCAUACAUCUACGCACUCCAAGCUCGGAUCCUCGCUGCGGGAGACAGCCCCAAGUCGCCGAAGAGCAUACCCGACCAUCUCAGGCCAGGCGGCGUUGUUUGGAACAAAAUAGCGCAAUUCCUCGAGACUUUCGAUCCCGUUCAGAUACGAUAUGUUGGGAGUGAGUGGAGGAAGCUUUUGGAAUAUGUCGACCGGGUGGCGAGGAUCAUGGGAACACCCGGCGUUGCCAUCUCUCCUAUACGGUCUGGAAUGCUCCGCCUGGACCCAACGACAGGCACCUUCACUUUGGCCCACCUCCACUUCAUUCGGCUUUGUAUGGAGAACAGGUCCUAUACUGCCGCGCUACCCAUUCUAGACAACUACAUCUAUAGCCUCCCGGCCGCUAUUCCGAAGGCCGUUCUCGAACAGUUGGAGUACUCGGUUCCCAGUGCAGAUCACAUUAAUAGUGGGGAGUACAUUCACUUGAAGUCAGGACAUACGGAGAAGAUUACAGUUACGGAUGUGCAAGAGUAUUAUAUGCUAGGGGCCCUAGCAUACAUUGGCCUGCGUCAGUUCAAGAAGGCAAUGGAGUUCCUGGAGCACGUGCUUGUCGUUCCUUCCCAAGGCUUGGCCAAUGGCUUGAUGCUAGAAGCAUAUAAGAAGUGGGUUCUAGUUUCUUGCCUAGCAAAAGGCUCGGUGCCACCAACGCCGAGGACCGCAAACGGGCAAGGGAUAAAGUAUAUCCGAGCAGCUUCUAAGGCUUACGAAGCGCUUGCUGAGGCAUUCACACAAACAAACAACCUCCCAAAACUGAAAGCCCAGAUUAAUGCCGGCAAAGAUACAUGGGCAGAGGACGGAAACACAGGUCUAGUGAAUGAGCUGCAAGACCACCAAUACCGACUCUACAUUUCCCGCCUAUCUAAGACAUUUUCGGCAAUCCCUGUCUCAAAUAUCUCUAACGGUCUCGGCGGCAGUGUGGAGGAGCUUACAGACUACCUAGAAACACUCAUUAAAGAUGGUCAUCUGAAUGCCUGCAUAGAGCGAAUGAGCAAGUCGGAUGGCGAGGUCGUCUUGCGUUUCUUCCUUGACCCCACCCAAGGGCCACUAGCCAAGACGGAGGUGCAGCAGCAGCAAGCGCUUCUGGAGCAAACUCAACGGACAAACGUGCUUGCGGAGCAAGUUAAGAGUGCCGACUACCGACUCUCUCUGAGCAAGGAAUACGUCGAACACCUUAAGCGCCAGAAUAAGAAAGCGGCGGCUAAUGCUGCAGGGGAAGCAAUGGACACAACGUGGGACGAUGGAGUAGAGGCUGAUGAGGAUAUUAUGGGAGAUAUGCACUGAGGUUUGGCGGAGUGCCCGGUAAACCCUUAUAUGUAAGACGGGUGGUUGGAGCCUGGGCAGAGAGAGAUCUUACCACCGAUGCAGAUUUCGGCAGGGGCAAUAUCAGCGCGCUAUCUCAGGCGAUAAGCACCGUCAGACGGGACCCAUGACGCAAUAACGGAUAUGGAUGCUGAAACGUGGUCAGAUAGGGCUAAAUAAGAGUUUGGAGCAUGGUCAAACUAUGAGCGGAGUUGGCCUCUGCUGCUUGAGCUGUGUCCGUAGACUCUCUAGAUUUCGAUGGAGGAACAUUGAUAUCACGAUAGGGACCUGGGCCCAAAGUAGUAAUAGCUAAGCCGAAUACGAAAGCG